UAAAGGAGUAAAGGAGGAAAAAACAAUCAAUUAAUCCCCUUUGAAAAGCAAAAGUUGCAGGAUUUCUCGUGAGGGAUCACAGGCCCUUAAGGCAGCCACGCACUUCCAUCACUUCCCCAGUUUCUACACAGAUUGGGUUCUAGAAGCUAGCUUGGCUGCGCUGGUGGGGUGAUUGAAUCUUGUGAAUAUCACUUUUGGUAUUGAUCAGUAUAGUUCUAGCUUUCUUGGGUUUGCAUUACUCCAUUCCAUAAAGUGACUGGUUGAGUGAAGUUUCAGCUUGUGGAGGAGGAGUACGCAGCGGAAACACAUGUUUACUUCCUUCUACUUUAUGUGAUCUGCAAUUCAGUUGGUUACUUCUUUUGGAGCUGAUUUCCUUAAUCGGGAUCCGUUCCCCUUGUUAAUUAGUUAUCAGAAUUGCAAGGUUUCCUCCAAAUUUGUGAUCCAUUUCUCCUUCUGGGUUUUGUUUAUAGAGAAAGAGAGAGGGAGAGAGGUUGCUCUUCUGCAGAAAUGGGUUCCUUGGAAGCCAGUACUGUUCUGGUGAACAAAGAGUUCUUGGGUGAAAAGAUUAGAGGAUGUUUGCACAACGAAGUUUUCAGUCUACCGAGAGAGCAGCUGAAGAAGACUGAGAGGAAUAAGGCCAAACCUGGUGUAGCCUUCUCUGUUUUAACUUCAAGCAAUGGCAGAGGAACUGUGACCUUAAAACCACAGCCAAAGCUGGAGAGAAAGAGAGUGGAUCCAAAAGAUGUGGCUUCAGUAAUACUAGGAGGAGGAGCAGGGGCUCAGUUGUUUCCUCUCACCAAAAGGACUGCAACUCCAGCUGUACCAGUAGGAGGAUGCUACAGGCUGAUAGAUGUUCCCAUGAGCAACUGCAUCAACAGUGGGAUAAACAAGAUCUUUGUGCUGACACAGUUCAAUUCGACAUCGCUCAAUCGACACUUAGCUCGCACUUACUUUGGAAAUGGCAUCAACUUUGGGGAUGGAUUUGUGGAGGUUCUAGCAGCAACUCAAACUGCUGGGGAAACAGGAUUAAAUUGGUUCCAAGGAACUGCUGAUGCUGUCAGGCAGUUCAUAUGGGUGUUUGAGGAUGCAAAGAACAGGAAUGUCGAAAAUAUAGUCAUCUUGUCUGGCGAUCAUCUCUAUCGAAUGGAUUACAUGGACUUCGUGCAGCAACAUGUUGACAGCAAUGCGGAUAUCACCAUUUCAUGUGCAGCAGUUGGUGAAAGCCGUGCUUCGGAUUAUGGGUUGGUGAAAUUAGACAGCAGGGGUAGAGUAAUUCAGUUUGCUGAGAAGCCAAAGGGCACUGACCUCAAAGCAAUGCGAGUGGACACGACUCAUAUGGGUUUGUCUCAGCAAGAAGCCAAGCAAUCACCAUACAUUGCAUCAAUGGGAGUUUAUGUGUUCAAGACAGACGUUCUGUUGAAACUUCUUCGGUGGAGAUUUCCAACAGCAAACGACUUUGGCUCUGAAAUCAUCCCUGCAGCAGUCAUGGAGCAUGAAGUCAAAGCAUACAUGUUCAGAGACUACUGGGAGGAUAUAGGAACGAUCAAGUCAUUCUAUGAAGCUAACUUGGCUCUCACCAAAGAGACUCCGAUGUUUGAGUUCUAUGACCCCCAGAAACCGAUUUACACGUCUCCAACAUUCUUGCCACCAACCAAAAUCGAUCAAUCCCGGAUUGUGGAUGCGAUAAUCUCGCAUGGUUGUUUCUUAAGAGAAUGUUAUGUCCGGCAUUCUGUCGUUGGUGAACGAUCUCGUCUUGAUUCUGGUGUAGAACUAGUGGAUACUGUGAUGUUAGGAGCAGAUUACGACCAAACUGAAGCUGAGAUAGCGUCUCUUCUGGCAGACGGGAAAGUUCCUAUCGGCAUUGGGAAGAACACAAAAAUCAGGAAUUGCAUGAUUGAUAAGAAUGCAAAGAUAGGGAAAGAUGUCGUGAUCAUGAACACAGAUGAUGUUGAAGAAGCUGACAGGCCAGAACUGGGAUUCUACAUUCGGUCAGGAAUCACCAUCAUCGCUGAGAAGGCGACGAUCGAGGAUGGAACCGUCAUUUGAACAUCCUGGUUCUGAAGUGUUUGUUGCGAGACUUCUUUCAGAGGAAAGGUUGCAGUAGGUUUUGAAAAUAGCAGCAAAGUAUGCAACCCUGCCCAGAAGAAGCAAGCAUGGCAGCAGCUUGAAUUAGUAGUUAGUACAUUAGGGUGACACCAGUCCUUUUGAUUUUGAUGCUCUUUAAUUUCUUGGGAUCUUCUCCCACGUCUUCGUCUGUCUUAACUGGUGAAAUCCAUGGCGGGCGACAAUUGAAUCGAAGGCCAUUGAUUUGGCCGGAAAAGCGGAAUUGAACGGAAGGUUUUGUGUCCUCCAUUACCGUGGAGGCAGAGAGGUUGCUGUCCUUCAUCCGGCGAGGCGUCGGCUUUUUUAACAAGCAUGAAGAUCAGGCCCAUUCUUGAUUGGGCUUCGUAAUACUUUCCAGAUCCGGCCCAAAUAUAACCGGGCUUGGAUGUUUAGAGUGGUGAAUCUGUCCG